UCCUUUGCCUCUGUCUAUCUCUCUAAUAAAAAGCCACCACCGAACACCGAUACUCUGACAACUGCAUAAAAAAGUGUGUGUUUCUCUUCUUAUCCACCAUCCGGCUGAAAUUUUGAAGCAGCAAAAAUUUGCUAUCGCCAUUUUGUUUGAGAGGACAUUAGUUGUCGUCUUUGCCGUGUGUUGAAAAUAAUUAAACCAUCUCCCUCCAACUAACAAAACAAUCCAUAUAUAUAAAAACAAAAACCUCAAAAUGUGAGAAACAGCUAUACAGAACUAUAUCUAUUGUUGUUCUUCUUCUUCCCAAUAUUCCAUCACAUGCGAUUUUUCUUUUGUCUUUCUUUCACCAACAGUAUUGUAAAGCCAAGAAACAUUUUUUUAUUUCUCUUUACCGUCUCUCGGAAUAUUUUUUUUUCUCCAUCGUCUUUCUCGUCCAUCGGGGAACGAACACAAAAUCAGUUUUUUUCCCAACUAUAAUAUUUUGCAUCGUGAAAAAGUUUCUUUCUCUGCCAAAAAAAGUUCAACAAAAAUGUCCAAAUUAUGUGAUUAAAAACUAAAAAAAAAUAUUCUUCAUUUUUUAAAUCUAAUUGUGAACUAGUAAUUGGAUUAAUUUUCGUUAAUUUUCCUUAAUCAAAAAGGGCUGAAGAAUAAUUUUAUAAUUUAUUUCUACUUUUCUUCUCGGAUGCGGUUCGGUUUUCUCGUAGUCGUCGUCGCCGUUCUCGUCGUAGUUUGUGUAUAUGUGUGUGUAGAAUACAAAAAAAAAAAAAAUUGAAAUGAGAAAAUGAAUUUGAAGAAAAGAAGACAUCUUUUUUUUUCUUCUCAAUCAAAUAGAAAUUAAAUUUUCAAGUUGAAAAAUCUUAAUUGGAAUGAAAAAUAAACUCGUAUUGGAAUAAAAUGUAGUUAUAUUUUUAAACAAACCGUAUAUAACUGUAAUAUAUACGAAAAAAAAAGAAAUAAUAAAUAUAUGAUUGAAAUAAAUUUGAGGAACUCAAGAAGAAGAAAAAAAAAAUUGUUAAAUUUUUCAGUGUUAAGAGAUUUUUUCUUCGAGUCUCGAUAGUUGUAGUCUGUCAAAAUGAAUUUCACCAACACAAAAGAUGUCCGCCGGCGCCCAAUUGCAGAUGGCCCCACAGACGACGUCGACCAUAAGCCAUCACCAGCAUCACCAACAUCAUUUUUCCACUAAUACACCACAGCAGCAGCAACAACAACAACAACAACAACCACAGCAGCAGCCACCACAACAACAAACACAGCAACUACAGCCUCAACAGCAACAGCAGCCACAACAGCAUCAUCCUCAUCUACCCCAUCCAAUUCAACAUCACCAGCAACAACAACAACCCCAACAACAACAACAAAUUCCACUUCAACAACAACCACACCCACAACAAUUACAACAAUUACCCCAACAACAACAGCCACACCAACAUAUUACCGGUCAUAGUAAUCCGGAUUCAAAUAUGAGCACAGGAUCUUCACAUAGUGAAAAGGAUGUCAAUGAUAUUGUAUACAAUUCGGCAUUAGGUGUUGGUGGAGUUGUUACAUCUUCUUCAAUUGGCGGUAAUAUUGGUGGAAUUAACAAUCCAAAUAACGGUAAUAACAAUAAUAAUAAUAACAAUAACAGUAGCAGUUUAGUUGUAGGCGCAAGCAAUUUGGCUAACGUUGGAGUUGGCGGCCUAAAUAGUAGCAGUAGUAGUACUAACAAUAAUAACAACAUCAACAAUAAUAAUAAUAAUAACGGUACUCUCAUGAACACAGGCAACAUGGGCGCACUGGAGAAACUGCCACGAACUCCGUCGGAUCGCAAAAGAAAACGAAAAGCACCUCCACCCUCGGCCGAUGAUAGUGGUGGUGGAGGUGGUGGCGGCGGUGUUGGAGUUCCUGGCGGAGGUGGCGGCAAUUCAGGCGGUAAUUCUAGCAAACAUAACCCGCGCCUCGUCCUGCAAGUAGGCUCAACGAAUUUUUCCUUAAAUUUAGGCAGUACGCAGGCAUCGGCGGCAGACCGUUGCGGCAUGCCAACGACAAAAGGUGCCCGCCUCGCCAUGCCAAUGAAUGAUGGCAAAAAAAUUAACGAUUACUUCAACAAGCACACGGCAAAUAGUCCAAUUAGGACGCAUGCGGGAUCAAAAUCGCCAUCGCCCUCACAGGGCGGUGUUCCUGUCGGCAGCGGUAGUGCUGGCGGUUAUCCACUAUUUCCACCUAGUCCACAACAGCCGCCAAUGGGCGGCAGCAUGACUUCCGUAGCAACGGCGGCAACAGCAACCACCCCAGGCGGCGGGACGCCUGGCGUUGUCGGAAUGAAUUCCGUGGCAGCUGUUGCCGAAUAUCACUACAAUAAAAAUCGUCAAACUUCCAUGGUUCCUCCGCAGUCGCCGCUGUCGACGGUGAUGCCUACAUCAGUUGCAGGCAGUAGUUUAGUUGGUGGCGGCGUCGGCAGCAGUGUGGUUGUGGUGCCCGGCAGCAUUGGUACAACACUGGUGAAUAGUACAAGUUCGAUAGUGGGUGGCAGUUGUGGCCCGCCUCCGCCGCCACCACCACAACUUAGUACGAAUUCCCAGCCCUCCCAACAGCAAACGCAGUCGUCACAACAACAACUGCAACAGCAAACAUCCCAGCAAACAAACCUGCCACCUAAUCAACAGCAACAGCAGCAACAACAAACGACGUCACUGCUACCGCCACAACUUCACUCACAUCAUUCGCUCUCCAUGCAAACCAAAUCGACACAAACCGAUUUUACAUACAUGGAAAUGCAGGAACGAGAUUCAGACAUUGAAUCAAGCAAAACGCGACUUGACGAACUGACAAGACUGUCCGAUGAGCAAAAGGGCCAAAUAACGGCUCAUCAAAAGCUCAUCGAUCAACACAAAUCGCACAUUAACAAGUGCAUCGACGUGGUGAAGAAGCUCUUGAAAGAGAAGAGCAACAUCGAGAAGAAGGAGGCGCGGCAGAAGUGCAUGCAAAAUCGUCUGCGUCUGGGCCAGUUUGUGACCCAACGGGUGGGAGCAACAUUCCAAGAAAAUUGGACGGACGGCUAUGCCUUCCAGGAACUGUCCAGGCGGCAGGAAGAAAUCUCUGCCGAACGCGAAGAAAUUGAUCGUCAAAAGAAGAUGUUAAUGAAGAAACGACCAGCGGAGAGUGGUCGCAAAAGAAAUAACAACAGCAACAAUAGCAGUAAUAAUGCUGGUGGGGUUGGCGGUGUUGGUAGCGGAGGCAAUUCGACUUCAUCACGUGGCGGUAGUGGUGUUGGGAAUGUUGGCCUCGGCGGGGAUUCUUCUUCAUCGGCAUUACAUAAUGGCGGCGGUGGUGUUGGUUCGGGCAGCGGAAGCAGUGGCAUCGGCAGCAGUAGUGUUGCAUCCGAUACGGCAACGUUCCUAAAGCCAGACCCAGUGUCCGGAGCUUAUACAGCUCAGGAAUACUAUGAAUGUGAUGAGAUUUUAAAACUGCGACAAAACGCCCUCAAGAAAGAGGACGCCGAUUUGCAGUUGGAAAUGGAGAAGCUCGAGCGUGAACGUAAUUUGCACAUUAGGGAGCUGAAGAGAAUACUGAAUGAAGAUCAGUCUCGAUUCAACAACCAUCCAGUGCUAAAUGAUAGAUAUUUGCUGCUUAUGCUUCUUGGCAAAGGCGGCUUCUCAGAAGUGCACAAAGCAUUUGACCUAAAGGAGCAACGUUAUGUUGCAUGCAAAGUGCAUCAGUUGAACAAAGAUUGGAAAGAGGACAAAAAGGCUAAUUAUAUUAAACACGCUCUAAGAGAAUAUAAUAUUCAUAAAGCCUUGGAUCAUCCUCGUGUAGUUAAAUUAUAUGAUGUGUUCGAGAUCGAUGCGAAUUCAUUCUGUACAGUUCUUGAGUAUUGUGAUGGACAUGAUUUAGAUUUUUAUUUAAAACAACAUAAAACGAUACCAGAACGUGAAGCUAGAUCAAUUAUUAUGCAGGUUGUUUCCGCAUUGAAAUACUUGAACGAGAUCAAACCACCUGUGAUCCACUAUGACUUGAAACCGGGCAACAUUCUCUUAACCGAGGGCAAUGUAUGCGGCGAAAUAAAAAUUACCGAUUUUGGUCUCUCAAAAGUAAUGGACGAUGAGAAUUAUAAUCCGGAUCAUGGCAUGGACUUGACCUCGCAAGGGGCUGGAACUUAUUGGUAUCUUCCACCAGAGUGUUUUGUUGUGGGUAAAAAUCCUCCUAAAAUCUCAUCUAAAGUCGAUGUAUGGAGUGUCGGGGUGAUAUUCUAUCAAUGUCUGUAUGGUAAAAAGCCAUUCGGUCAUAAUCAAUCUCAAGCCACAAUACUAGAGGAGAAUACAAUACUGAAAGCCACUGAGGUUCAAUUUUCCAAUAAACCAACAGUAUCCAAUGAAGCAAAGAGUUUCAUUCGAGGCUGUUUGGCAUAUCGCAAAGAAGACCGCAUGGAUGUGUUUUCUUUAGCGCGGCAUGAAUACAUUCAACCUCCGAUUCCAAAACAUGGCCGUGGUCAGUCGAUGACAGCGGCGCAACAACAACAACAACAGCAGCAGCAACAACAACAGCAGCAGCAAUCGUCGUCGUCACAACAAAAUUCGGCGCAAACCUCAUUCUCAGCGGGCAUGUUCGGUAAUUUAAAUCAAUCCAGCUCAUCCUAGCUGAUGUCGAAACGUAAUUCGAAUUCCUAAUUGCUGAAAUUGAUUGCGACAGCGCCGCCGCCACUGCCACCGCCGCCAUCACCAUCCCAAUUACCGCCAAAGCAGUCGUCGACGCCGCCGCCAUCAUCAUCACCAACAACAACAACAAUUCCAAUAACAACUCUAACAACAUUUGUCACGCCCAAUACAACACAACAACAACAACCAGUCAAGACAACGAAAGUUAAAAUGACCAAUAGUAGUAAUGCCAGUUGUAGAACUAGCAUAUCCAACACAACAAAUACAAAAACGACAACAAAUUCUCGAACGACGAGACCACUACAUCCACCACCAACACCACCAGCAGCAACAUCAACAAUAGCCAAUAAUCGACGUCGAAGAAAACCUUCAUCAUCUUCGUCGUCCACAACUAAUAAUACAUCUUCCACCAUCUCCAAGCGUAGCUGAGAGAAGAAAAUACAAAAAAAAAGUAUCAAAAAAACAAAAUUAGACGAAAAAAAGAUUAAAGCAAAUCAAAAAACAUAAAAAAAAGUGAUUCCAAAAAAAAAAAUUAAAUUUUUUUUUCUAUUAGAUGUCGCUAGUAGAGAGUAGUGUUGAUACUUUUCAAGAAAUUGUGAUAGAAAAUUUGAUAGAAGAAAACAAAAAAAACAUUCUCAUUCUCUCUUUCGUUAAAUUCUCUCUUUUAUUAAAAAAAGAAAACUUGGAUAUAGAUAAAAUCGAAACUUAUCAAAUGAUAAAGACACUAUCUAUUUUUGUUGUUGUUGCUUGACUUUUCUAUUUAUUUUUUUAUUGAAUUCUCAAUUUGACUACAAAUUUUAACUUCUUUUUUUUUAAUUAUAUAUAUUUUCGUUGAGUUUAUUUUUUUCAGUAUUAAUAACUAUAAUAGCUUCCAUACCAAAAUUAUAUAUUUCGUUAAAAUUUAAUAACAUUUUCCAUAAAAGGGAGAUUACGAUUAGAGAAUGAAAUUUUAAUACAAAAUUUAUAAAGAGUUGAGAUGGCGGACAAAAUUUUCAAAAUCUACAACAAAAAAAACGGAUAAGUUCCGCUAUCCUCCUUAAAUUUCCCUUUAAAUAAAAAUAAAACAAAAAAUACUUAGAAGUGAUGAAUAGAAUUAUGUAAAUUUUUUUAAAAAUUAAAAAACAAAUAUUGACUUAACAAUAUUUAUUGUACAGUUAAAUUUAAAUAAAAAUAAAAAACUCCCGGAAGCUUAAAAAAAAAAUUCCCUUAAAAAUGAAAGCAAAUAGGAAUCGAGAUAUAAAUAAAUAACAGGAAAAAAAAAUAUCGCAAAAAAAUUCAAAAUAGGAUUAAACAAAAAAAAAAAUAUUAAAGUGAAAAUAAGCGAAGAUAAAAUAUAAAUAAUAAUAAUAAAAAAAAAUUUAAAUUAAGAAAGUUAUUAAUUAGUUAUUAAAAAAACUGAAUAAAGUUAAAUCAUAGGAUGAAACAGUUUCAUUAAAAUAAUAAAUAAAAAGUAUAUAUAUAUAGUUAAACAUAAAUAAAAGAAAAAAAAAAAAAAAACUAGACAGUAAAAUAAUUAAUGAAGCAGAGAUAAAAAAAUAUUAGAUUAAACAUUAAAACAGAAACAAAAAUGAUACAAAUUUAAUGAAAACAAUUUUUUUUUAUUAUUAUUAUUAUCGAUUAUUAUUAUUAUUAUUAUAUUAUAUUUUUUGUUAGUUUUAAUUAUUAUAUAAUUAAAAUAUUAUUUUUAAACAAAAAACAACUUGAUAUAUAUAUAUAUUUAAAUGAUUAUAUAAACUAAUAACACACCCAAUGUGAAAAGAAAAACGAAAAAAAAGUAAAAUUUGUCCCUAUUGAUUGCAUUAAAAAUUUAAUUUUUAUCAAAAGAAACAAAAAGCAAACUCAAUGUGUAUAAUAUUAUGUAUGCAACAGUAAACAUUUUUAAACAAAAUAUAUAUAUAUAUAUAAAUAAUACAAAUUAUUAUGUAUACACAGUGAAUAUAUGUAUUUGUAUGUAACAAAAAAAAAAAUAAAAAAAAAAAAAUAAAAAUAUUUCAAAGCAUAUUUCAAUACAUAUGCGCAUGGUGUGUCUCUUGUGUAUUUAUCAUUAUUGCAAAAAAAAAAAAGAAACAAAAAAAAAUUAUGAUAUAUUCUCAAAUUAAGCAUGAAUAUGGGAAAAAUCUAUAUAAAUAUAUAUAUAUAAAAAAGAAUAACGAAAAGUAUAAAUAUAAUAUUAAAUUAAAAAAUAAAAUAAAAAACAUUUUUUGUGAAUAUAAAUAAAAAACAAACAUAAGAAAAAACAAAAAAUAAAACUGAAUGAUUAUUUGUUGAGUAUUUUACUAUCUAAUUAAUAAUAUUAAAGAGAAUGAUGAUGAAGAUGAAGAAAAACAAAAAAAAAAAAUAAUAUUAAACUAAAACACAAAUAAAUGCGAAAAAGUAAUUUAAAAACAAAAAUUUAAUUAUUGUAUUAUUAAUGAAAAAUAGAAACAAAACAGAAAAAAUAGCAAACAACUAAAACAAAAACAGUUCUCUCUCUCUCCGCUCUGGGCGUUGUUUUUGGUUUUUUUUAGCGGAUUAUACAAAACAAAUUGUCACCACCCUCCCAUAUAUAUAUGUAUAUAUAUGUAUGUAAUAAUAUAUACCAAGACUACCAACCACCAC